AUGAUGUUAUUGGGAAGGGUUAGAGAGGUGAAGCAGAGUAUCGCACAUAUACGUUAUCUAUGCCACAACUCACAAAAACAUCUUCAAGAUCUCGAAUUGCUCAAGUGCUUCAAAUCCGAGAUUCAAUUCGAGCUUUCUUCUAAUCACUUUCAGAAUGCUCAAACUGGUUCCUUAGGGGACUUUGUGGUGGACUCGGACUCACCCACUUCCAAAGAUGUGGUUUUAAGAAGAAAAGUCGAUUCGGGUGAGGAAGUAGCUGUUUCUGCUAUUCUGGGACCUCCUAAUUACGAGAAAUACACUGUUUUUCCAAGAGAUGCUUUUAUGAAAGUGUGUGUGAAAAAACCAACAUUGAGCUCCAUUUUGCAGUUUGACUGUGGAAUUCAUGAAGAAACUGAUAAGGGCUCUAAUUUUGAAAUUUAUAAUGCUUAUUAUCUCAGAUCACCUACAUUUCUCAGCCCUUCCAAUUAUAGAGGCCCCUUAUUCAGCACAUUGGAUAAUGAGUUGCAACAUGCACUCAAGGAAUACCUGAUAGCCAAGGGCAUUGGGGUAAGCCUGACCAACUUCCUUCUCCACUACCUACACAAAAGAGAGCAAGAGCAGUAUGUGAACUGGUUGAAGAAAGGUGAAGCAGCAUUUGUAGCAACAGAAGGGUCUUUGAGGCAAUCUAUCGGGGAAUAA